CAUGAAGAUGAUGAACCGUCUCAUGAUGAUCAGGUCGGAGACCAAUAUGAUGGCUAUGAAAGCAACGGUGGCCGGCACGUAAAUAUGAAAAGAAAGAGACGUGACGAUGAGGGGGAGGAGGAGGAGGAAGAGGAAGAGGAAGAAGACGACGAAUAUGAUAACGAUGAGGAGGAGGAUUAUUGCAGACGCAAAAGGAGAUCGUCCGUUAGGGAUUUCCUUGACGAUAUAGCCGCUGAAGCUGAUAGUGGCGAGGACGAGGAUGAUGAGGACGAUGCUGAGGAUGGUUUUAUAGAUGAUGAUGUGACUGAAUUACCAAAGGAAAAUAAAGAAAGGAUGCCUCGCCGUCCUUUCCUGCCAACAGAGGAUGAUCAAGAUGAUGUUGAAGAGAUGGCAAGAAGAAUUGAAGAGAAAUAUGGUUCCUUAAGUCGUCCAGAACAGUAUGAUGAAGGUUAUGGUGAAGAAACCACACAUGUUGAACAGCAAGCACUCCUGCCAUCCGUUAGGGAUCCAAAAUUGUGGUUGGUUAAGUGUGAAAUUGGACAUGAGAGAGAAGCUGCUGUCUGCCUGAUGCAAAAGUCAAUCGAUAGAACUGAAUUGCAAAUUAGUUCUGCCAUAGCCCUUGAUAAUCUCAAAAACUACAUAUAUAUCGAGGCACAAAAAGAAGCACAUGUGAUGGAGGCUUGCAAGGGUCUUCGAUAUUUAAAUCCCAAGAAGAUAAUGAUUGUGCCCCUAAAAGAAAUGGCCGGUGUUCUUUCAGUUAAAAGCAAACCCGUUGAUAUAUCCAAAGAUACCUGGAUACGAAUGAAGAUUGGAACGUACAAAGGAGACCUUGCAAAAGUUACAGAUGUUGAUGAUAUGCAGCAGAGAGUUACGGUGAAGCUAGUUCCACGGAUUGAUUUACAGGAAUUAGCUGAUAAAUUGGCAGGUGUGGAAUUUGUGAAGAAAGCAUUUGUUCCCCCCCCUAGGUUAAUUAACAUAAUUGAAGUCAGAGAAAAGAACAUACAUGUUGAGCGAAAGCGUGAUCCUUUCACCGGAGAGUAUUUCGAAAAAAUUGCUGGAAUGAUGUUCAAAGAUGGUUUUCUGUAUAAAUCAGUCUCCAUGAAAUCAAUUAGUUAUCAUAAUAUACAGCCAAGCUUCGAUGAGCUUGAAAGAUUUCUAAGGCCAGGGGAGAAUGGAGAUGGAAAUUUUUCCAAUUCUUUAUUAUCUGGAGAUACAAAAACGGAACACUUCUCGAAGGGUGAUAAGGUUCUUGUAGUAAGCGGCGAUCUCAAAAAUAUGAGGGGAAUCGUUGAGAAGGUAGAGGACGAGUAUGCUUGUAUUAGACCAGAUAUCAAGGAUUUGCCGGAAACUCUUACGUUCAAUGUUACAGAUCUUAGCAAGUUCUUUGAGACUGGGGAUCAUGUGAAGGUUGUCUCUGGUACUCAAGAAGGUGCAACUGGUAUGGUUACUAAAGUUGAGGGUCGUGUUCUUGUCAUUGUAUCUGAUGCAUCCAUGGAAGAGAUCCGUGUAUUUGCUCACUGUGUUAUGAAAAGCAGCGAAGUAACUUCUACAAACAACGGAAACAAGGACUAUCAGUUACAUGAUCUUGUUCUGCUCAAUGAUUCCAGCUUUGGCAUAAUCAUACGGGUGGAUGGAAAAGCUUAUCACGUGCUGAAAGGAACUCCAGAGCGAGCUGAGAUCGAAGUUCUAAUGUACCGAGAUAUCAAUUCCAAGAUUGAGAAGAUGGGAACUACAGAAGACAGAUUUAGAAACAGAAUCUCUGUUAAAGACAUUGCGAGGAUUGUUGAGGGGCCAUUUAAAGACCAGUUGAACACAUUUAUAAGCAUCCAUGAUCGCAAAAACAUUGAUCACGGAGGCUUUUUUUGUGUUAAAGCAAAGUCCUGUACCCUUUUGGGGGGUUUAUAUGCCAGAGGUGACAUAAGGGGUGGUGUCAUGGACUCACGAGUUUCAAGUUUAAGAUCACUUGCCUGCAUUCCCCGAUCCCCAGGGAGACCACAAAUUAGAAGAGAUGAGAGAAGAUAUCAAAGUGGAAGAAGAGGCCAUGAUUCCAUUGUUGGUACCAUGGUGAAAAUUUGCAAGGGUCACUACAAGGGAUCCCGUGGUCGUGUUGUAGACAUUAAAGGUCAGUCAGUCCGAAUUGAACUGGAGUCUCAGAUGAGGAUUGUAACAGUGGGUCGUAGUGAAAUUUCUGAUAAAGUCAAUGUUACAACGCCAGGCUGCGAUGCACCCCUAUAUGGUCUUGGAAGCGAGACUCCAAUGCGUGUGCAUGACUCCAUGAGAGAACCAGGUACACCAUUGCAUGAUGGCAUGAGAACGCCAAUGCGUAACUGGGCUUGGCAUCCUUAUGCAUCAAUGAGUCCUGCAAGGGACAGUUUCAGUCCUGCUUCACAACUAGAAAGAGCAGCUAGUCCGGCGUCUGGCUGGGCUAGCAGAAACUGUAGUGCUCCUGGAACUCCAAGAGAAAGCAGAACUCAUGCUAAUAGUGCAAAUAUAAUGAGGAGCCCUCCACUCCUGGUAGGCACUCCAUGAGAUGAAGAGCGAUGUGGCUUGAAGUAGAUAAUGGAUCUCAAAAAAAUUAUGUAAAAUGCUUUGCAAAGAUGGCAGGAUACUAUAAUGACAACUGAUUGUUGCCUAAUAUUUCUAUGAUUUUAUUUAUACUUACCUUGGUGAAGGAUCCUCGUUGAUCAA